AUCGGCUAUCGGUCCGCCGAUAACUUUUAGUCGUCAGCCAGCACUCCGUAAAAUCUUCCAAAAAAAAUAAAUAAAAAAACGAACCAUGCGGGCCGUCAUACAGAGGGUUAGAGCUGCAAAGGUUACGGUGCUGGAUGAGCUGGUCUCCUCCAUUGGGCCUGGAUUGUGCGUGUUGGUCGGAAUUAAGGCUGAUGACACAGUCACAGAUGUUGAGUAUCUGGUGCGCAAGAUACUAGCUUUGCGGCUGUUCGAGGACGAAGGCAAGCGGUGGCAAAAGUCGGCCAAAGACCUGCAGCUGGAGAUUCUUUGCAUCUCACAAUUCACACUAUACCACCGACUGAAAGGCAACAAGCCCGAUUUUUCGGCUGCUAUGAAGGGAGAUGACGCCCAGAAGCUGUACACACAUUUUCUAAACCGCCUCAAGCAGUCGUACGACACCUGCAAAAUUAAAGAUGGCAAAUUCGGGGCGAACAUGCAGGUGCACAUAGAAAACGACGGCCCCGUGACAAUCAACCUGGAGUCACCCGACAGGAAGCAGCCGGACGAAGGCGUGGACAAGUGAAGCAUUUUUAGCUGGGUUCAGUUUGCCAAAAAAUAUACAAGAAAGCUACUAUUUA